GGCCUUCUCAGCCAGGAGAGACAGAAGACUUGCUGCCUGGCUUUGGGGAGCCAUGCCCUGGACCUAGCAGAGAAGGUCUUAGGUCCCAAUAAUUACUAGGACUCCUACUUUUGCCCUGAUGGAGGAGCUGGAGCAAGGCCUGUUGACACAGCCAUGGGCAUGGCUGCAGCUUGCAGAGGACUCCCUGUUAGUCAAGGCUUACUUCACCAGGCAGGGCUAUGCCUUGCUGGUUUCUGAUCUUCAACAGGUGUGGCAUGAACAGGUGGACACUACUGUUGUCAGCCAGCGAGCUGAGGAGCUGAACAAGCGCCUGACUGCUCCUCCUGCAGCUUUUCUGUGUCAUUUGGAUAAUCUACUUCGCCCAUUGUUGAAGGACAUUUCUUACCCCAGUAAAGCUACCUUCUCCUGUGAUCGUGUGGCAGGGGCACUGAUCCUACGGAUGCGAAGUGAGCUCUCUGGUUUUCCCUUCCAUUGGAAUUUCCACUUUGUUCUAGCCAGCCCUUCCCUGGUCUCCCAACACUUGAUUCGUCCUCUGAUGGGCAUGAGUCUGGCAUUGCAGUGCCAAGUGAGAGAACUAGCAACAGUGCUGCAUAUGAAAGAUCUAGAGAUCCAGGACUAUCAGGAGAGUGGGGCUACACUGAGCCGAGGUCGAUUGAGGACAGAACCAUUUGAAGAAAAUUCCUUUUUGGAACAAUUUAUGGUAGAGAAACUACCAGAGGCAUGCAUUGUUGGUGAUGGAAGGCCCUUUGUCAUGAAUCUGCAGAGUCUCUAUAUAGCAGUCACCAAACAAGAGGUCCAAGUAGGACAGAAGCGUGAAGGCACUGGAGAUCCUCAGACCUCUGGCAGUGCCUCCCCACAAGGUGCUGAUAACUACCUUCCGAACCAUCCAGAACAGCCUGUCUCCUCAGCACCAUCCCUCUCAGAACCUGAGAGAGAGCCCAGAGGUAUUUCAGGCCCUAUGCAGAGACCUCAGCUGUCAAAGGUCAAGAAGAAGAAGCCAAGGGGACUCUUCAGUUAAUCUGUCACUGUCUCAACUGCUGAGGAUGGACUUGGAGAACAGGUUCCUGUUAUCACCUGGAAAGGAGCAUGCAUGGCAGCAGUAUCUCUGAAACAGUUAUACUGCCAAGGGCCUCACUGUAAGGGCAGGAUAACUGAAGUCCAGGUGACAGACACCUGAGGUUAACCAAGGGAAUCUUGGCUCCAACCCAUUGGGCAUUGGCCUUUCCUAUCUGAAUGGAAGCAAGUCUCUGGGAAUCCCAUAGCCUCCUCUCUUUUAGACCUAGGACCCAACCUUGGACUUUAAGUAUGAAGAGUGAGUCUGCCAGCAAAAAGAACACACAUGCUUAGGAAGUCUUGUCUACCUUUCUCGAGUCCCCAGCCAGUCCCAGUGUGCUCCUCAGAGACCCACCUACUAUCUCCUUGGUAUAGAAUAAAAAGCACUCACGCUCC